CUCUUCUGUCUUCCUGUCUGCACUUCUCCUGUAGUUCUGUAACACUUCCACCAUCUCACACUUCGACAUCCUCUGUCUUCUCAGGUACAACGCCGACAACCGGACUUGAAGCCUCGCACAGACCCACACGACAUCCCGAUUGCUCAGCCAGCACAUCAACAUAUUGCCAUUAUUAUCUGCUCGCGCCCUCGCACGCACGAAACCAACUUCUUCUCACGCCGGUAACGACGCCGCUGGAGAAGCUCGAACGGCUCAAAAUCCCAUUCCACCUCAAUAGAGCACUCCGAAGUGUCUCGAGAAAGCCCUCCGCGCCCUUACGCAAGCCUCACGACCGGAUUCACCAGUGUCCAUGGCCCCGAUCUCGUAGCGCUCUCGUGCCUUGGUAGCCCGCCCUCGCGGUGUUUGAACCGCAUCCCUCCAUACCAUGGAAAAUGUACCUCCUCAGGUAUGGGCAGUGGCUCACACCUUGAUAGCCCGAAAUGAGACGACCAACUCAACCUCAACAAAUUCCAGUGCUGACACAGCAAACCGUCCGCCUGUCUAUAAGGCAAUCGGUCUCAGUCUGGCAGUGGCCUCGGGGCUAUUCAUUGGUACCUCAUUUGUGCUGAAAAAGACAGGACUGCUCAAAGCAAAUGCUAAAUACAAUGAGGAAGCUGGUGAGGGUUAUGGCUACCUCAAGAAUUUCUACUGGUGGGGAGGGAUGACGCUGAUGAUAGUGGGCGAAAUCUGCAAUUUUGUCGCCUAUGCCUUUGUCGAUGCUAUCUUGGUUACGCCCCUGGGAGCGCUGAGCGUUGUGGUCACGACCAUUCUGUCCGCCAUCUUUCUCAAGGAGCGCCUGAGCUUUGUCGGUAAAGUGGGCUGCUUCAAUUGCAUCGUUGGCAGCAUUGUCAUUGUUCUCAACGCUCCCGAGCAAAGCGCUGUUGCCGACAUUCAAGAAAUGCAGCACUUUGUCAUCGCUCCCGGCUUUCUCAGUUAUGCUGGUGUCGUGAUUGUGGCAUGUAUAUUUAUCGCAUUGUGGGCCGGGCCGCGCUACGGCAAGAAAAGCAUGUUGGUCUACCUCAGCAUUUGCAGCUUGAUCGGUGGUCUCAGUGUCGUGGCGACCCAGGGAUUGGGGAGUGCAGUCGUUGCGCAAGCCGGCGGAAAACCUCAGUUCAAUCAAUGGUUUCUUUACGUUUUAUUGGUCUUUGUGGUUGCGACACUGCUGACCGAAAUCAUCUAUCUCAAUAAAGCCCUGAACAUUUUCAAUGCAGCCCUCGUCACUCCAACAUAUUAUGUGAUUUUCACCAGUGCCACAAUCAUUACUUCCGCGAUCCUCUUCCGAGGUUUCAAGGGUACAGCCGUGUCCAUCACGACCGUGAUCAUGGGUUUCUUCCAGAUAUGUGCUGGCGUCGUCCUCCUACAAAUGUCCAAAUCUGCGAAAGACGUACCAGAUGCCGCCGUUUUCAAGGGUGAUCUCAAUCAAGUCAGGGAGAUUGCGGAGGUCGAGCAGCCAGAAACCGAGCCCAAGGCUGAUGCUAUUCGCGGCACUGCGGCUCUAAUCAGGAGAAUCUCCGUCUCUCGGCAGAAGAUGGAACAAGAGGAAGCUCGACGGCUGCGCGAAGACAAGCUCAAAGACCAACUCGAGCCGCUUCGCGAAAACGAGAUUGUGGAAUGGGACGGACUCCGCCGCCGAAAAACGGUCAUUGGCGAACCUGGAACAGUUGUGCGAAGAAAGACCGUCCAUCCGCCACUGGGGAUGUCGCAUUUUCCAGAUCCAAAUCAAGAAGACGCCGAAAACGAACCAGGGUUCUUUGAACACCUCCGCAAUCGUGCGCAGAGCGUGAUCCGUCACCCUAGUCCCCGUCACCAUGCCACCAUGCCCGAAGAUUCUUUGCGGAGCCCAAUACAUCCCGUUGCUUUGACGGAUAUCAAGGUUGUUCCAUCCAAAGCCGAGUCACCUAUCGUCCCGUACGGUCCAGGGAGCCUCGAGGACGCCCAAGAACGGAUUUAUGGUCUCCCUCAAGGGCAGCUGAAAGAAAGAGCAAUCACCAUCGCAGCCCAAUCCUCACCCCGGUCCAAGCCUCUACCCGCGAAACCGUCACCAUCCCCUGCACUCAAACUCCCACACGAAGCAAGACGGCAAUUCUCUUUCACCAACUUCCUUCGGCCAGGUUCACGCACCCCUGAGAUUGACCCUAUGCCUUCACGACCAAACACUUCGCGCCGGACCAGCAGCCAUGAACAACGGCGAGCCAUGAAGAAUGCAUCCGAAGAGGAAAGACUGGGACUUGUCAAGGGUGAUUCUCACAUUGCUUUGCUUGAGCAUGAAUCGUCUCGCUCACCUGAGCGCCCAUCGCAGCCCCCUUCUUAUGCCCAUCCUACUUCUCAUUCUCAGUCCAGCUCUACUUCAAGCGUUGAUGAUUAUUAUCCCUAUCAAUACCCUUCUCCUCCUCAACAUUCUCUGUCAUAUUCUGACGAGGUUGAUGGUUGGCAGAUGAUGAGCACCGCGAGUCCGCCGAACGAGACGAGCCGAGCUUCGACACCACCCGUGACGGCAAGCAGCCGGAGAAGGCCAAGUCCGCCGAGGAUCUAUCAUCCCCCACCUUUGCUCACGAGGAGUUCACCUCCAAUCGACAACGAGGAACGACCCAUUCCGGGAACAAUGGUGGGCGGAGGACCGACACAGGCCAGAGCCACACCAGCAGCGUCAAACCGUUCCCAGAAUUCAUCGAUGAGUCCACCGAGGAUCACGAUCCGGCAUCAAGACAAUGGUUCACCCAGGACAGGUGGCGAAGAUCACCUAGCUCGAGUUUCCGAGGACGCAAGAGUGAAUGAUGCCUACAACUACGAGGUGACCCGCACAGAAAUCAUCGAGCCAGAAGCCACCCGAAGACGGUUUGAGGAGCAGAGCAAAAGGGAAAGAGAAGAGAGGCGGUUGAGAGCCACCGGGCGACGGCAGAGUUGGAAGCCUUCCGGUGCUGAAGAAGGAGGCAGUUUUCUCUAGGAGUCGGAGCGUUGUUUGGAUUGCGCAGUUGAGCCUCUUUUGGUAACAACAACGAAAUACCCCACGAUGUUUUGGUACGCAUGGGAAACGGACCUUUACGACCGAUAGAAACGAGAACUUGACGAGGCCAGCGCAAAGCUAGACCGCGAUCUCAAGUUAUGUAUAUGUACGAUACUUGACAGUAGGCUGAACAUAGAACUUGUCCUACCACCACCAGGCCUAUAACUGCAGCCGAUGAGCCUCCGUAGUUAGUGUAUCCGAUCACA